AUGUCUCCCUCAGCCGCCCCAGCAGCAAAAAGCUACAGCAUCGCCUCCAUCCCAGCGGACGGAAUCGGUCCAGAGGUCAUUGAUGCCGCCAUCACAGUGUUGAAGACGUUGUCAGAGACGCUAGGGUCUUUCGACAUCGACUUCACGCACUUCGACUGGAGCUCGGACACCUUCAAGAAGACCGGGAAGUACAUUCCCGACGGCGGACUCGAUGAGCUCAAGAAACACGACGCUAUCUUGUUUGGCGCCGUUGGGGCCCCAGAUGUUCCUGAUCAUAUCUCGCUAUGGGGUCUGCGUUUGGCAAUCUGCCAACCUUUCCAGCAGUACGCCAACGUGCGACCAACCAAGGUCUUCCGAGGAACCCAGUCACCAUUGAGGAAUUGCAACACAGGUGAUCUCGACUGGGUCAUUGUCCGCGAGAACUCAGAGGGCGAAUAUGCGGGGCAGGGUGGACGCAGCCACCGCGGUCACCCCUGGGAGACCGCUACCGAAGUGGCCAUGUUCACCCGCCAUGGCGUGGAGCGUAUCAUGAGGUUCGCAUUUGAGACGGCGCAGAGCAGGCCCCGGAAGCUUCUCACCGUCGUGACGAAGAGUAACGCUCAACGAAACGGGAUGGUGCUCUGGGACGAGGUCGCGGCAGCCGUGGCCAAGGACUUCCCUGAUGUUACAGUUGACAAGAUGUUGGUUGAUGCGAUGACAUGCAGAAUGGUUUUGAAGCCAGAAUCCCUCGACACCAUCGUGGCUACAAACUUGGUGAGUAGAGCUCCAGCCGGCGAGUGGCCAUUCCCAGAUCUGACCGCUAUGCAGCAUGCCGAUAUCCUUUCCGAUCUAGCGGCCGCGCUGGCAGGAUCCAUAGGAAUUGCACCAACAUCAAACCUAGACCCAACACGCCAAAACCCGAGCAUGUUCGAGCCCAUCCAUGGCUCUGCAUUUGACAUCACCGGAAAGGGAAUCUCUAACCCUGUCGCCACAUUCUGGACGAGCGCUGAGAUGUUGGCCUGGAUCGGGGAAAAGGACGCCAGCACGAAGUUGUUGGACGCCGUGGAGCGUGUCUGUGAAAAGGGAAUAGUAACUGCUGAUCUCGGCGGCAGUGCGAAGACGGCGGACGUGACUGCUGCGGUGUGCGACGAGAUCAGAAGCUCGUACGGCAAGAAGUGA